GACACCAUCGACGUUUCUUUACGAAAACAAAUCGAAAAAUACAAGUAAAUGAACGGGAAGGGGAAAGAGGGGAGAGAUCUGCAAACAGAAUCUCUUGCUAGCUCUCUCUCUUCCCUCAAAUUCCUGACUCAAUUGACCACAAAAGCUUUAGGGCUAAUUUCUCUCUUGUCUGGAGCAUUCCAUCUGCCGGUUGUAGGAGGUUUUAUGGUGUAUUUUGGGCAUUAUAUGAUUUGAUUGGAUAAAUUAUCCAGAAUCGCUAGCUUCUUCCCUCUCUUCCCUUCUGCAACCUUAUUUCCGGCGUCGAGUUUCUUCACCGGACGACCACGCAGCUGCGAGAGGCGGAAACCUCGAUUUGAUCCUAACCGGUUGUGGUUACUUGAAGGAAAUCGGGCAGGAUUAGCUACUUCACAUGGCUUCGGCGCAGGUCCUGACCAAUUCCGCUACUUCUUCGCGCAAGCAGGGACAUCUUGAAGCAGGAAAGAAAAAGUUGGAAGAAUUUCGCAGAAGGAAGGCAGAAGGAAGGGCUAAGAAUGCUGGAUCUACCGUACAAUUGCAGUCAAUUGAUGGAGGAAGUAAUGAAAAAUUUUCUCAGAAUGAGGAAAAUGUGGUUGAUGGAACAAAUUCCAGUACGAGCACUGGUUUUUCUGGGUCCCAUACAACUCCAGUGCAAAAAGAAGCAUUCUCUUCUACUGAUAAACACGUAAUUUCCUCAAAUGAAAACACUCAGAUGAAUAAACCAUUUGAGAAGUCCAGUUACACGGGUUUCGUUAAUGGUUAUCAUGACCACUGGCAAGUGAGAAGUGAGCUUAGUGACAAUGAACAGUCCAAGUUUGAAACGACUUCUACUGCUACAUCAAACCAGUUAGCUGCUUUUGAUUCAGUUCGUACAAAUGUUAAUCCUGAAGAGAGUUCAGGAAGCUUGAGUCUCUACCCUGCUCCAUUAGAUGAAAGCAGGAAUUCUUCGGCUCAAGUGAGUUACCUAGAUACAUCUAAUACUACUGCUAAUUUACAGAAAGCUGAGGGUGCUUCUGCAGAAAACAGGUUGGGGCUUCCCAGCACCUUACUAAGUUCAUCUUCAACCUCCAAAGAUUCAGUACCUGUGUUGGGGGUUUAUAAUUCUGAUAGCUUUAACAAUAAAGGCCUUGUGGAUACUCAAGCUGGACGGAAGACAAUAUCUGAAUCCAUUAGCCAACGCCUUAACUUAGGAAGUGCAUCUUGGCAUUCAUCAGAAGCAUCUUUAACAGACUCCAGUCUACCAAUCAGAAGAUCACAGGAAGCUCAUUUAUCUUCUUCAACUACCUAUGGAGUCACUUCCAGUCGAUCUCGCCCAUCUUUUCUUGAUACUCUUGGUGUAUCUAGGGCCUCAUCAACAUCACAUGUGCCACUUUCUGAGCUUCAGAAAGCUAACUCACCUGUUUCAUUUAGUGAUUCAAUGGUCCAGAGUGCAGAUGUUUAUUUUCCUUCCCUUCAGCAGCCAUUUACUAAUGCAAGCAGUGUGCAACAAUUUCCGAAUUCCUCACCUUCAGUUUUGGUUGAUAAAAAUGCGAAUUCUUUUGCUUCAUCAAAUGACAUUCUAAUGCUGGAGACGAGCAGGGAAUAUCAACAGGGGGGGCAUGAGAUUUUGGUUCCAAAGAAAGAUGAUUUUUCAGCCCUUGAACAGCACAUUGAAGAUUUGACACAAGAGAAGUUUACGCUUCAAAGAGCUCUUGAUACAUCAAGAACAUUAGCAGACUCAUUGGCAGCUGAAAAUUCAUCUUUAACAGAAACUUAUAAUCAUCAGGCUAAAGUUGUCAGCGAAUUAAAAUCUGAGAUUGAAAGAUUACAGGAAGAAGUCAAGGAUCAAUUGUUGUUUUUAUGCACGCAGAGGGCAGUCGAGUCGCUUAAACUAGAGUAUUCCAAUGCACAAUUAGAAUGCAACGCUGCUGAUGAAAGAGCAAAAAUACUUGCUUCUGAAGUGAUUGGGUUGGAGGAGAAGGCGCUCAGGCUAAGGUCAAAUGAGCUUAAGAUGGAAAAGCAAUCGGAGAACUUGUCUUCUGAGAUUGCUUCCUACAAACGUAAGGUGUCCAUUUUAGAGAAAGAGCGACAGGAUUUUCAGUCUACAAUCAAUGCCAUGCAAGAAGAAAAAAAGCUCUUACAGGCCAAGCUGAGGAAAGCCUCUUCAAAUUCAAAAUUUGUUAAUGCUACAACGGUUUCCUCAAGCAGAAGAGAUAUGUCCACAUCUACAGAUGAUUUAGGUGAUGACAUUGACAGACAGACCAAGGAGGAAGAAAUACUGGCCAGCAAUACCAUGAGUGUGCGAAAUAACACAGCAUUGAAUGAUUUUGUGACAACGACCUCCUUUCUAACAGAUGGCAUGAGUGUUUAUCUUCCUGAUGUUUCUGUUGGAAUUCCCAGCGAUCAGCUUAGAAUGAUAGAUAACAUUAGUUCUCUAAUGUCUGAGUUGGCACAGGAAAAAGAGGAGUUGAUGCAAGAAUUGACAAUUGAGACCUCUAAUAGUUCAAAGUUGAAG